UCUCUCUCUCCCAUUCUCUUCCUUUUCCAUCUUCCCGCCGCCCCGUCACAGACUUACUUUUUUCCUCGUGCAUCUUGACUUGUCUGGAACAUUUCGGUUGCAUUCUCCUGACCCGUCCUACAUCCUCCCUCCCUUCGCGUCACCCUCCUACUUUCUUCUAGUGUAGCUCCGUUUGUCACCUUUUCCCUUCCUCGAGAAGGACGGUUCCUCGGCAUCUUAGACUUCCAGGGUUCAGGACAAAGAAAACCUUGCGCAACGCACUUGCUCCGUCACCAACGCCAAAUCCCAUACGGACAUAGAGACACACAUACAUCAUACAUAGGACCAACCGACCGACCGCCCCGUCCGCCCGUCCGCUUUACUAGACCAACCCGAUCUCUCCCUCCCUCUCUCUCUCUCUCUCUCUCUCUCUCUCUCCAGAAGGAUUAUAAAUCUUUAUCAACAAGCGGCCAACCAACUUCGACCACAGCCCGAUCGACACCAACCCGAGCAAUUUCGUUUUGGGUCUAUUAGUACCCCAUAUCCUCUCUCCUCGACGACAGGCUCAACUCCCCACCACGUUGACGAUUCGGACAUCGUCAACUCUAGCAACAAACCACCAAAAAACCUUCACCACGGCUUCUCCAGCGAUCGCCAUCAUGGGUUCCCCGAGUGGACCCCCGCUACGCCCCCGAGCGUCGUCCAACUUCAUGGGAAUCCGCGCCUCCGGGUUCCCGCCGUCGAUGACGCCCCAGGAGAAGCACCUCUUCUCGGACCGCGUCAACUCGGCCACGACGCGGCUCUCGAGCACCAUGGCCGCCAGCGACAGCCCCGACGGCUUCAUCUUCGUCGUCUACUUCCACAAGUCCACCGCCGCCGACGCCCUCGCCCUGCUGAAGGCCGCCGACAUCCGAGUCAGGGGUCACGAGGUCCAGUUUUCCUGGCACUGAACUCUCUUCUCUCUGUCUCUUUCGUCGGAAAGUUGUGUCAAUGCCCUUUUCUCUCACUGUUGUGUUGCAGCCCUUGGCUGGACUCGACUGGACCGGACUGGACUUACAGGACCUCGUCACCCCCCCCCCCCCCCCCCCCCCCUGUGGACUCAUCUCGCGGUUGGUGGUGGACUGGACCUUCACCAUCUGUGGACUUCGGAUCGCUUCCACGUCCGACCGACAUGAACGAUUUGCGUCUGGUGGGCAGUCAGACUCCGGCGCCACACGAGUCUGGGCUGAUUCGAGGGUUGAUCCUUUCCUCUUUUCUCUCUGUCUCCCGUCUCUCCCUUGCCUCUACUCUACAGGCACUCUCCUAUCCUCUCCUCCCCCCCCCCCCUGCCUCCUCACUACCUACCUAUCCACAACCUUCAAUAACACCGCCAGCUAGACAGCAGGGGAAAAGGGGAUCGAUCGUCCAUCUAUCGAACCCAUCAUCCUCCUCUUCCUCCUCUUCCCUCUUCUUUCUUCCCCUCUCCCUCUCAGGGGUCAUCCAUCCUCCAAUUCCCGUCCGCCCGCGUCGGGACGAAUCCUUCAACGAUCCGUCCUCCUCCACCCCUACACAACCACCAUCCAUCCCCUCAACGGUCAACCAACCCACCAACCGCCCCCUUACCAAUCCUCGGUGAUCUGCAGGUCUAGGCCAUCCUGGACCGACCACCCCUCCCAUGCCAUCCACUGUCCAACUUUCCAGGGCAAAUCGACCGUCUCGACCCAUCCACUGGCUCCUCCGCCCCAUAAUAUCACCUUAUCUCCAUCGAGGCGGCCAUCGCUAAUCAAUCACGCCAAAACGACCGAGCAUCCUUCUCAAUUCCCCCUCCCCUUCUCCUGGAGUCCUUUAUGGCAUGGCAGUCUUGGCCCCCUCCCCCUUAUCCCGAUACCGAUCUCCUUUCACGCAAGGGGCUUCGGUUCGUCGAUGCCGCAGACGAGCUGCAGAUGAGCUGCAGGAGAAGCAUGCACAUUCCACUGCCCACCACCCCUCAGUGAGGCGUGCCGACCGGCAUCGGAAUCGGUAUUACAGGUCUGGGAUGGGGAAUUGGAGACGAAGAAGGUUGGGAUGAUGAUGAUGGUGUGAAGUGCCACGGCAAAAGGGGUCCCCGCGACCGACGCCUUUCUUCCGGAUUGUUUCGGGUUUAUUCCAAAACCCCGUUGGCGAGAGAGGCUGCGCACACUCUCAGAUUCUUCGAGAUUCUGAUGAGGAGAAAGGGUUGAACACCGUUCGGCAAUCGGACCCAGUCCAGAUGCCACGGAGAAAACGGGACCGUCAAUCUUUUAGAUGAGACGCGCCGACGCAAUCACGGCCGGUUUUCCGCAUCUCGGGGAUCCGCUUGCCAUGACAAGGGGAAGAGGGGUCGAGAGAAGGAGGACAUCGGGGAUAUCAGGGAUCUAGUGUAGGAUUUGGGGGCAUCCUUUGGGGGGUGAGAGAGAGGAGGAGAACACUUCGAGACAAGAAACACCGACAAACGGCAUUCCCAAAGACCAAGUUCGAUUUGGGUGAAUCCGGCCCGACGU